GGGGACAGGGAGAGUGAGCCCUAAGCUGUCCCUAGUGACUCUCUCCCUGACUACUUGCCCAUAAACCCUAUGCAGUGAAACGACAACUUGGAGCGGUUCCUCCCUGCGCUACAGUGCAGUGGCGUAAAAACAAAUAAUAAGCAUAGUCAGUCACAGGGCAGAAACGUAAAACUACCAGAUGUACCAGACAGGAUACAAAUACUAACAGGGCAGAAUAUAGUGUAUAAACAAACUGUUCACAAACUGGAAUCCAAAUUAAUGGCAGACAUGAUAAAAUGAAGACGACUAGGUAUGGAACAGGUAUACAGCAGAAUCUAAGAAAUGCAGGGGAUGGACGGAAGAACUGAGAGCUAAAACACUAAACUGAUCAGGUAACAUAGGACACUGUUCACACUGGGACACAGAACAAACAAACGGGACACUCCACAAAAGGAAUAGAUGGUAUAAUAAUAAAGUCAAAUUAAAGUACUACCUGGCGGGGCAAUGUGAUCAGGAUGCUGACCUAGUAGGAAAACAGAAAUAUAAAAACACGAAACACAGGACUAGAACCGUAUGAGUCUAAAUAGACUCCAGGAUACCAAACAGGAAUUAUAACAUACAAAGCACAGGUAACAAGCAAGACUAAAAAUGGACGAGUCUGAUUAGACUCCAAGAUGCCAAACGGGAAUAAUGACAUACAGAGCACAGGUAACACUAGACUAACACAGUGUGAACACAGACAGGACGGACAUACUAAUCCUAAAACCAACAAAUGUAACAAAGACUAAAAUCUUCAAUAAACAAGACCAUUUAACCAUGGCUAAAACUCAGAUAAAAUAACAUGAUAAAUACAAGGUAAAUGCUCAAGCAGACAUAGAGUAUUGCACAAAAUAACCAGCAAAGAAUGCAGGAGAAGUCUGGUUUAAAUAGACCCACCCGAGUUCUAAUUGGUUCACAGCAUUAACUUUUCCCUAUCCAGGGAGAAUAGCAAACUGCUCCGAAAAACAACCUAGUGUGUGAAUACACACCUAAACAAAACAAAAAAACUAAUCAAACGGACAUUAUGGGGUCACUUUUGGAUGGUUUCCACAGUAUUAGGGGGGCACUGCAAAUGUAUUUGGUAUCAGAGAAUGUUUCCUGCAAAAUCGGGGUCUUUCCCUUCUGAGCCCUGCUCUGUGUCCAAAUAGCUGCUUAUGAAUACAUAUGGGGUUUUUCUGAAUUUGGGAGAUAUUGGGUUACAAAUUAUGUGGGCCUUUUUUUCAUUUAACCCCUUGUGAAAAUGGAAACAUUACACAAGUUGUAGUGUAAAAAAAUCUAAUUUUUCAUUUUUGACCUGCUUUUCCUAACACUUGUGAGGUGUAAAUGCUCACUAUACCCCUUAUUAUGUGCCUUAAGGGGUGUCAUUUCCAAAAUGGUGUAUGGUGAAAAUGAAAAGUUCGGGGUUAUGCCAGCAUUUUAGUGAAAAAUUUAAUUUUUCAUUUUCAUGGUCCACUGUUAGCAAAUUGUGUGAAACAUCUGUGGGGUGAAAAUACUCGCUGCACCCCUUGUUACAGUUCAUCCACUAGGUGUUCCUUCAUGUCUGAGGCCCAUGAUUGACUCAAGUAGUGCACUAGGGCCACAUAUGGGAUAUUUCUAAAAACAGAAGAAUUGCAUCCUAGACACAUUUUCCUUCCAUUUUUCGUUCCUUUGUUGCAUAUUAUUUCACAACUCUUGAUUUGUUCCACCUCGUUACUCCAUUCUUUAAUACUUGGUGCCCUAGGGGCAAACCCCUUUUAAGGAUAAGUAUUUUGGUUAUUCCUAACAGUUUAAGAAUUGAUUGUUUUUUUUAUUUUUUUUCAACCCUAUUCCCAAAAUGGUGGUUCUAACAUUAUAAUCUAGCUUUACUUUUAGCUGUUGCUUUAUCUUUCCAUAUAGUUCUUUUUGGAUCUGAACGCAUCCCCAAAUCAUAUGAAUUAGAUCUGCAUUUCCCACCUGACAGGGCAUUCUGCGUCCUUUCUUUUAUCAAUAUUGUGUAAAGGUUCCUUCAACCCAGGAUCCUCUGCUUAUAUCUUCUAUAUAAAGAAUUCUCCUGCAUGACCCCUCAACCAUGGAGAGAGACAGGAACAAGAUGGCCGACAGGAUCAUAAACCUCACCCUAGAGAUACUCUUCCGGCUUACUGGAGAGGAUUACACAGUAGUGAAUAAGUCCUCUAGUGGGCGCUGUCGGGCCCCUGUGUGUGAAGGAUGGGGAAGAACCCUGAGCCCAAUCCCGGGGCCCCCACCUCACUCCCUGAUACAUGAGGAAAUGGAUGAACAGAAGAUACUAGAACUGAUCAACAAGAUGAUGGAGCUGCUGACUGGAGAGGUUCCUAUAAGGUGUCAGGACGUGGCGGUCUAUUUCUCCAUGGAGGAGUGGGAGUAUGUAGAAGGACACAAGGAUCAGUACAAGGAUCAGGUGAUGAUGGAGGAUCAGCAGCCCCUCACAUCAGCAGUCAGAUCCAGUAAGAGAACAGCAGCAGAGAGGUGUCCCCGUCCUCUUCUUCCACAGGAUCAGGAUCAGGGUGAAUAUCUGAACAAUAUUAAUGCUACAAACAUAAAGAAAGAAGAAGAGACAGAUGUGAGCGGUGAUGAGCAGUAUAAGGAGGACAUUCCUACAGGGAAAGAUCUAAACUAUAGUAAUGCUACAGACAUAAGGGAAAAAGAAGAGACAGAUGUGAGCGGUGAUGAGCAGUAUAUGAAGGUCAUUCCUACAGGGAAAGAUCUAAUCUAUAUUAAUGCUGAAGACAUAAAGGAAGAAGAAGAAAAGACAAAUGUGAGCCGUGAUGAGCAGUAUAAGGAGGACAUUCCUACAGGAAAAGAUCUGAUCUAUAAUACUGCUACAGACAUAAGGGAAAAAGAAGAGACAGAUGUGAGCAGUGAUGAGCAGUGUAUGGAGGACAUUCCUACAGGGAAAGAUCUAAUCUAUGUUAAUGCUGCAGACAUAAAGGAAGAAGAAGAGACAGAUGUGAGCGGUGAUGAGCAGUAUAUGGAGGACAUUCCUACAGGGAAAGAUCUAAUCUAUAUUAAUGCUACAGACAUAAAGGAAGAAGAAGAAAAGACAGAUGUGAGCGGUGAUGAGCAGUAUAAGGAGGACGUUCCUACAGGAAAAGAUCUAAUCUAUUUUAAUGCUACAGACAAAAAAGAAGAAGAGACAGAUGUGAGCGGCGAUGAGCAGUUUUUCGAGGUCAUUCCUACAGGUCACCGCUCAGAUGACUGUACCAGGAGAUCAGAAGAGAAUCUUAUAUCUUCAUAUUAUAAAGCAGAUGAUGAUAUCACACAAGAUACAUAUGAAGAACAUUCCAUUAUCCCAGAUACACCCUCAGCCCUUCACAGCCAAGAUCUGUCAUCUCAUCCUGUUAUACCCGUCCUGUCUACUGAUCCAUCACAGGCUGUUAUACAAAAUAAGAGCAACAGAAGGGUUGUUAGACAUGGAAAAGCUUAUACAGAGAAGGAGCCAUUUUCUUGUUUAGAAUGUGGGAGAUGUUUUACUCAAAAAUCAAGACUUUUUAGACAUCAAAUAACUCAUACAGGAGAGAAGCCGUUUUCAUGUUCAGAAUGUGGGAAAUGUUUUAAUGAAAAAUCAGGACUUUUUAGACAUCAAAUAACUCAUACAGGAGAGAAGCCAUUUUCAUGUCCAGAAUGUGGAAAAUGUUUUCUUCGUAAAUCAUAUCUUGAUAAACAUCUGAGAACUCACACAGGAGAAAAGCCAUUUCUUUGUCCAGAAUGUGGAAAAUGUUUUUCUCAAAAAACACAGCUUGUUAGACAUAAGAAAAUUCACACAGGGGAGAAGCCAUUUUCAUGUUCAGAAUGUGGGAAACGUUUCACUAAGAAAUCAACUCUUGUUGGACAUCAAAUAGCUCACACAGGAAAGAGGCCAUUUCCAUGCCCAGAAUGUGGGAAGUGUUUUAUUGAGAAAUCAGAUCUUGUUGUGCAUCAAAGAAUUCACACAGGAGAAAAGCCAUUUUCAUGUGCAGAAUGUGGAAUGUGUUUUUUAAAAAAAUCUAAUCUUGUUGCCCAUCUAAGAACUCACACAGGAGAGAAGCCAUUUUCAUGUCCAGAAUGUGGGAAAUGUUAUACUACUAAAUCAAAUCUGCUGAAACAUAAAAAAUCUCACACAGGGGAGAAGCCAUUUUCAUGUUCAGAAUGUGGGAAAAGUUUUAUUCACAAAACAAAUCUUGUUGAACAUCAAAGAACUCACACAGGAGAAAAACCAUUUUCAUGCCCAGAAUGUGGAAAGUGUUUUAUUCAAAAAUCACAUCUUGUUUCCCAUAAAAGAACUCACACAGUGGAGAAGCCAUUUUCACACCCAGAUUGUGGGAAAUGUUUAACUUCUCAAUGAAAUCUGCUUCAACAUAAAUAAAACUUACACAGGAGAGAAGCCAUUUUCAUGCCCAGAAUGUGGUAAAUGUUUUAUAUAUAAAAAAAAAAAUCUAAUCUUGUUGCCGAUCAAAGAACUUACAGAGGGGAGAAGCCAU